CACCGGCAACCUCCUCGUUCCGCGCUCACUCGACGACGCACCGCAACGACGCACUGGGCAGUAUAACAACAACAAACCAUUGAUUGUUUCUAUGAAAAUCUUGCUCGGAAAGCAAAUGAAGAAUCUUCAGUGAUGAUGGCAACUGGCAAGGCGUGGAUUAAUGCACAUCGAACCCGGGGCUCGCGUGAAGGCUCUCCUGGCCUGGCCCCAUAUGCAUCACUGGAACACUUCAAAUCAAAUUCAAGGAGUCUGCUUCGUACUCAAGAGGGUGGGAGAUCGAUGUUCUCAAUCAAUGUUGUAGUUGUAGCAGGCCAUUUGGUGUUUCUCUCUUGGUUGCUGGAGUUGAUGACAAGGGUCCCCAAUUGUAUAAGGUGUUUGAUGAAUUCGAUCUCUUUGGCCAAUGAUGAAGCAGCUUGUGGAUUUCAUAUAUUCAGCUGAAGUAUGCAGAUACCCUCUGUUCAAAUGCAGCUAAUGAAACAGUCUGUGGAUAUCAAAAGAUUUUAUUUUUCUGUUCAAAUGUAGCUACUACUUUUUGAAUUGUGAACAUGCAAUUAAAAUUGCUAAUUUUUGGUAAUAUUACAUUUUUAUAAAAGUACUAUUUCUUUAAA